AUGUGGCUCGAUGAUGGGGGCUCAGCUGUGCAGGCGACAUCGCGGGCGAAGACACCUGACAGUGUCCCAUAUGCCGAGAGCAGAGUCAUCCAGGCACGGCAGGCAGUCUGUCCUGUCCUGCAGCUACCGCAGAGAAGCAGGUGGGCAUGUCGGAAGCAGAAGAAGCACAAAUUGCCGACAGAGAAAGCAACUAUCACGGAGACUCCCGAGAUUUCAGCGCGGACACAGUUUCCAGAGGUCAAGUCGCAAGCUGAUGAGCUCAGCCAUCUUGAGCACCAGGUGAACCUUGCAUGCGCACUCCUUCGAAGCGAACAGCGAGUUCAAGCGCGACAGGUGUCGGAGAAGGCGCUCCAGCAGCUGCAGCAUCUGAAAGCCCAAGGUGUUCAAGGGUCGUAUGCCCUUGAAUAUGCGCUGCGCGUCAACUUGGCAUGUUCCUUGGAUUCGGAUGUUCAUGGCCGAAAAUACCAACUGCAGCAGGCCAUAUCAGUUCAACCCAGUCGAGUUGAGGCAAGGUUCCAUUUGGCUGCAGUCAUGGUCGAGGAAGGCAAUUACUCGGAAGCACUGCGGACACUUCAAGAAGCUCUGAAGUUGGCGCCGCUCGAUCUGAACUGCCUCGCGCUUGCAUGCCGCUGUUUGGAAGGAUUGGGACGUCACGCGGAGGCGCUUGCUGCCGCCGAGCGCUUGUGCGGGUUGGACCCCGCCUCCACGUUCCUUGCCUUGAGGGAGGUCUUCCACUGCAAGACAGAUGAUGUGUUUGUUGUUACCUUCCCACGCUGUGGAACUACAUGGAUGGUUCAGAUCGUGGUGAGCUGUCUUUUCGGACCGCGUGCGAACUAUGAAGAUCAUGCUCUCUUCCUCGAGGGGAGCAUUGCAUCCUCUGCUACCUAUGUCCGAAAACUCGAGGAACUGCCACUCCCACGCGUUCUCAAGAGCCAUGUUCCCGCUGACAUGUAUCCAGGAUUGGCCCAUGGCAAGGACAGCAUACUUCAAAGGUACGGGAAGGUGAUCUAUGUGGUGCGCGAUCCGAAGGAUGCAUUGAUCUCGCUCAGGCAUCACCAUGCCAACAACCAGGCCAUCGGCUGGGAUGGCAGCUGGGACGAAUGGGUAGACCAGUGGAUCAGCGGCCAAAGGUCGCUGGAGUACGGCGGGUCCUACUUUGACCAUGUGAAGGGAUGGUGGAAGCUGUCCCAGCACCAUCCGGAUCGUAUCCGUGUGGUAUACUUUGAGGACCUGAAGGCCGACCUCUCGGCGGAGAUCGGGGCAGUGGCCUCUUUCCUCGGCUUGUCCUUAGAAAAGGAUGCGCUUGCGGAGGCAGCGGCUUCCUGCCAGUUCGAUGCUAUGCGGCGAAGGCAUAAAGUGGACGAUGAAAUCCGAAGUCGUGUCAAUCCUGAUCAUUUCCGAUCUGGCCAAGUGGGCUCUUGGCAGACGACCCUCACUCAGCGCCAAGCACAGCUGGUGGACGAUGCGUCGCAGAAGCAAUUGGCACAAGAACUUGAACAAGGUUUGCGAGUCGACAUCGCCGGCUCAGCAAAAGGUCCUUCCUAG